UACAAAAAUAUUUUAUUGGAUAAUCUGUCGGCACAUUCUUAGAGACGCUUGACGAAAUUCAAAAUGGCGCUGGAUGUUAUGCAGAGAUCUAACACAUCUUUUGAGAUUCCGUCGCCCGUCCCCCCGGGGAACUGGCUGGCACACCAAAUCCGGUUGCUUCAAGACAAUAGUGCGCAUCUUUUGCCCCAGUCCGCGGGGUCGAAACGGAGCUGGGACAAGUACAAUUCCACCACCCAUAAGGAUUUCUGUGGCCCCAGGGACAUAGAUCAAUGGGCACCUGACUUCAAUAGUAUGCAGUUGCCCAAGCUGACCAUCAAGGGUAAUCGUAAACCAAAGAAAAAGGAGAAACAGUUCCAUCGGACAAGUCAGCCCUUUGAAAAGAAGAGGCAGACGUUAGCCGAAAUUUUAUUUGGGAAUAAACAGAAUCAGAUGUUCACCAACUGGCGGGUGCCACAGAGAUUCUACCGUCCUCACAGCGUCAAAGACAAGUACGAGCCCCCAGUUCCUAGGAACGACGCCAAUGUUGGCGUUGUAACAGAGGAACACGAGCGAUUCUUCAGGCCAUCAUCAGAGGCAUCCCAAGUACCAUCUAGAGCACCGUCUGUCGUAUCAGCGAGGUCUCCGCCUCCUCGCCUUAGCAGACAAAUGUCACUACCGGAAUUAAAGAUGAGGACUAACCAGCCCCGCCCUCUAGGUAUGUCCAGACAGUACACUAGGAUCAACAAGGCCGCUGGUACACCUGUUCCAGUAGCUAAGCCUGAAGCGUCCAAGCCACAGUGCGAGGAAGAUGCCAAACUGGGCAAGGAGGACUUCAAGACAUCCUUACAACCACACGUAGUGGACAAGGCUGAUGAGCUGCUCAAACUGGCUCCGAAAGCUGACAGGAAGGUAAUCGAGAAGAUACUCAAAAUGGCGGACAGGAAACAGCAGAUGGAAAACUCGUUAAAAAAGACGAUGAUGCCCGACGCCCGAGAAGAAGUAGAAAAGUGGCUAACCUCAGCAAACGAAGAUGAACGACAGGUAGCUUUGAAAUUCUUCAACUCCCUCGCCGGCACGAAGUUGAUGGGAAUCACAGCAGCAGAACAAAAGAAGCGUCUACAACAAGUCAUUGACACUUUAGAAGGUGCCAGUGAAAAGAAGGGAGGAGCUCCGCGUGCUCGUAAUAAUGCUGACCGUUCCAAGGCGGGUAAGCUACAACACUUGAGGCUGCUUUCCCCACAAACACGUAAGGAGCGCUGGAUGCACACCACAUGGCACCACCUACCGGAGUAUAACGAUAAAGGAGCAGGCAACUGGAGCUCUCACUACAUUCGACCACAGGCACCAAUUCCCCGCCAUUUUGUCAUCCACCCCGACUGGGGAUAAAGAAUAGCCCAAACUAGUAGUCCCUGAUUAAUCCGAGACAACUGCCUGUACACGUUUACAGAUCAAAGCGUGGCAAUGUUUAAAUUGUCUUAAUCUGCUCAUAUAUUAUGUUUCCUUAUGUUGAAUAACUUAAUUAUCUCUUAUAUCUAAAAUUGGAUCGUCUUUAUUAGACUUGACUGGAUUACCUGCCCUGAAUGACGAAUUGGAACGUCUGUGGAUUUAUAUCAUCGUUACAUAUUGGAAGUGCCCUACGUGCCACAUAGAUGAUGAAUGUGGUACCAACUUCCGGUUUGUGUCGGACGUGAUACAGUGAUUAUAGUAAUUUGGUACCGACAUCCGGAUGGUGUAUCACGUGCUACAGUGAUUAGAGUCGUUUGGAUACCAACUUCCGGUUGGUGUCUUGCGUGGUACAGAGAUGAUGAGUGCGGUACCGACUUUCGGUUGGUAUCUGAAGUGAUACAGUGACUAGUAGUGUGAAACCGACUUCCGGUUUGCCAUGGAGGCCACGUAUAUCAGUUUUCUACCUAUUUAUUUUGCUUUAGUUGGACUAUGCGAGGUCAGGGAUGGCGUGCUAUCUGUGAUAUCAAUGUUAAAUCUGCGGUAUAGACUGUGAUAUGUCAGCUGUGAUGUUUAAACUGUUGUGCAAUCCUGUGUAGAGAUUUCGAGUGACCAAAUGGUAUAUUAUAAUUAUAUGUUUGCUAUACGACACUUUCACUUCCUUUUAUAAUAAAAUCGAUAGUUGGAAACAACCUUAUUUUUAAACCUUCACAAUAUUGGCACGACAAUAUUUGUAUUACGUUUUGUGAAUAAAUCAGUUCCAUGUCCGAAGCUGAAAUUGA